GGAGGCGCCCCGCACAAGCUGCCUAGGAGAAACACGAAACAGAAGUGCCCCUCUUCAGUGUCCACAGGCAGCAGGGCCAUCAUCAUGUCUGAGCGCCGCAUCCCUUUCUCUUUCCUCCGCAGUCCCAGCUGGGAUCCUUUUCGAGACUGGAUGCCAGGCAGUAGGAUCUUUGACCAAUCAUUUGGCAUGCCAGCACUGCCCGAGGAUUGGCAGCAGUGGCACACCACUCACUGGCCAGGAUAUAUGCGUGGCCCCCCACCUCUGUCGGCCACCCCAGAAACGGCCAUGUCACCUUACGCGCGAGCUCUGAGCCGCCAGCUGAGCAGCGGGGUGUCAGAGAUAAGGCAGACUCCUGAGCAGUGGAAGGUCAGUCUUGAUGUGAACCACUUUUCACCAGAAGAAUUGGUAGUGAAGACAAAAGAUGGAGUAGUCGAAAUUAUGGGCAAGCAUGAGGAGAGACAAGAUGAGCAUGGCUAUAUUUCCAGAUGUUUCACAAGGAAAUACACUCUCCCUGCAGGCACUGAUAUGAAUAAAGUGUCCUCAACUUUGUCUCCUGAGGGAAUACUGACAAUUGAAGCUCCUCUGGCCAAACCAGCUAUUGAAGCUGCUGAAAUCACCAUUCCUGUCACGGUGGAGAAAAAGACUCCAGAAGGUGCUGUGGCAAAAAAAUAGUUCAUGGAUAAGAAGCACAUACUUGGUGUUCCCAGUUAACAGUGUCAUUACAAGCAGUGCCACAACCAAUUCUAAAGAAUUGAGCAAUUGGUGUCAUGUCUUCAGCUUCUUGCUUUUGCAUCACAGCUAAGCUAGUUUUAUGAGACACCAGACUCUCUAAUUCUUUGUUACUCCAUUUGAUGGUUACUUCACACUAAAAAGAAUAAAAACUCUUGGCAUAUUACUGUUACUUGGUAUUCUUAGAUUCUUUGCACAAAUUCAUAACAUUAUAAAGUAAACUGCAAUAUGGUUAAUACACAUGAUACAAUGACCAGAGUAACACUAAUACAAGACAGGGCCCCAUUAAGAAAUCAAUACAUGUCAAUAAUGUCAAGGGGUAAACUUGGAACUUUCCUUACAUGAUGCAGAAAUGUACCUCAGCAGGAUAAUUAAAAGGCUAAAAUAUUA